CAGCCCCGCGACAGGUCUGGAAGUGCAAGGAGGGACUCAGGAAAACGCUGCUGGAGCGGGGGAAUGAUGGCGGUGAGCAAGAAGAAAAGGACAAGUUUGAUACUGUAAAACUGGAACAUUGUGGGCCAUCUUCCGGCGCCUAACACGAUGAAGCAAGUAAGAGAUGCCUUCUCUGUGAGUGUGUAGCUCCGACAACAACUCCCCACCGGACCCCAUGGCACCGCUUUGGUAAAGUUGAGGGAUAAUAGUUCAUGAACACAAAGCAUCAGUCUCUCCAAACCCGGCUUCUCUUUAAUAGGGCUGCAGUCACAAAAAGCAAAAAAAAUGCUCAAAGCGGAAAGCAAAGGAGGCGAGAGGACCCUGAGGAGCGCAUCUCCUCACAGGAAUGCAUACAAGUCUGACUUCCACGCCAUUAAGUGUACUUUUGAUGGGUCAAAAUCCGAGGGCGACGCCAAAUCAUAUGCAAAUGGGUCCAGUGACACCCGGGAGGACUCGAGGGGAAGGCCCUUUGGGACCAGAGUGAACAAGAUAAAGAACAUUUUCCUGCAGAUGGAUGGUCAACAACAGGAGUGCCAAGAGGGUAAAGUGACCCCGAAGCCCGACGUGUCACCUGUAUCCCCAACGAAGCAGCAGUUUCCAGUCAACACUCCCAGAGUUCCCCUCAACAGUGCCACAAGCCCAGAACCACAAAAUGUAGAUAAAACACCCAAGGGGGAAGAUGUUGAGAUUGACAAAGUGGCUUUGGCAGAGAAGUUUUCUGUGACCAGAAAACUCUUUGAACGGCGCGUCAAAGAGCAGCCUGCAGCUGAAAAACAGUCUCCAAACAGAGUAGUGAAUCGUUUGUCCCUCGGAAGUUCCUCCGAUGAGGGGAAAAGCACAAGGAGUGUAUCGGGAUCCUCUGAGACCGCUAUCAAAGCAGAGCAAACUCCUACUUCCACAGUUAAAUGUCAACCGGAUGAGAAGCCUGAUAGUGAGAAAAGGCACGGGUCUAGAGUGUCAUUGAAUGCGGGACCCAUGUCCAAAAGGUUGGAGAGUUAUGUGACAGAGAAUGACGCGGUAGACAACAGCACAGCUUCUGCAAAGGGAGGAAUGGCGUCUGCUAAACAACACGGUGCCACCGAACAAAUGUCUUCUUCUCCAACAAAAGACAGCGUACACAAAUCCACUUCACCUGUUAAAGAAGCCACUAACCUUACCCCUGUGACUGAUGCCACUAACAAGAAUACAUCCCAGACAGCUUGUGCCGUGAACAGACCAACGUCUAGUGUUAAACCAACCAGCCCAGUUACCAAUGCAGCAUGCAAAUCUAAUUCUCCAACAACUGAUGUCGCUCACAAACCCCUCUCACCAGAAAAAUCCAGCCCAGUUAACCAUGGCUACAAACGCUCCUCAUCAUCCGGUGAUGGAUUUAGUCGGACAUCUGUUGGUGAGGAUGAAGGCAAGCCACAUAGUCCACCCCCAAGGGAUGUGAAGCAGCCUCUAGCAUCAGAUGGUGGCUUUCAGAACACCAACAGGGCUAAAUACCCAGAAAAAGCCAGGAGUCCUCCAACGGACAAGCCAUCCAGCCAGACCUCAUCGCUGGACUCCAGGGGGGUGGGCGUGGUACGGGCAGAACUGGUCGUGGUUCAGAAUGAGUCCUCAGAGAGUGAGGAGGAUGAGGAUGAGAACGUUGAAGAUAAUGUGUUUGAGGAACAGAAGGUGCAAAGCCCCAAAGAUGACCUAAUAACGAACCUGAAGAGAACCUCUCCAACAGAAAAAGCGAGCUGUAACCCCGCUCAUCACGUCCCAAAAGAGAUACAAAGGGUAGCAGAGACCGUGGGUGAAGGUAGAGUUUUAGAGGACAAUGAGGGAUUUGGGUUUAAAAGGGAGAGACGGGAGGACGUUUCAGUUGUCGAUCAAGAUGGUGACGAUUAUCGUGAGGAAGAUGAUGAGGUUGCAGAGGAGGAGAGUGAGCUGGAGGAGCAGGUGGGCCAGAUCCUCCUGGAUAGAGCUUCACCAGUAGUGUACGGUAUUGAGAAUGCAGCGUUUGUGGAUGACAGAGAUGUAGACCAGGUCCUCAGAGAAGAGGAGGAGGAAGAGGAAGAGGAGGGAGAUCAAAUGUAUAGGGAUUAUGAAGAAUGUUACGAGACGACUGGUCUGUCGGAUGAGGAGCCUCUCCCAAAGAGAACAAUCAAGUUCUCCACGGGACCCAUUCAGGUCUUCAGCACCUUCUCCAAUGAGGAAUACGAUCGGCGUAAUGACGACGUGGAUCCAGUCGCAGCCUCCGCAGAGUAUGAGCUGGAAAAGAGAGUGGAGAAGAUGGACGUGUUCCCUGUGGAAAUUGAGAAAGGAGACAAUGGACUUGGCAUCAGUAUCAUUGGAAUGGGAGUGGGAGCUGACCAGGGUCUGGAGAAGCUAGGAAUUUUUGUGAAAACCAUAACUGAGGGGGGAGCAGCUGAGAACGAUGGACGCAUACAGGUGAAUGACCAGAUAGUGGAGGUGGACGGCGUCAGUCUUGUGGGCGUCACCCAACUGUUUGCUGCAACAGUCCUGAAGAACACCAAAGGCACAGUGAGGUUCUCAAUUGGACGGGAGAAGCCGGGGGCCCAAAGCGAGGUGGCCCGCCUCAUCAGCGAGACACUAGAGCAGGAGAAGAACCAGCAGCAGGAGCAGCAACAUCCGGAUGACCUCUAUGAACACUCUACGGAGGAGGAGGAGCGCUAUGAGGAGGAGGACGGGGUCGAAGAGAGGAUUCUGUGCUCCAAUUUCUCCCCCGGGCAGAACGCGGAGCUGUUUGAGCCGCCUGAUACAGAGGCUCUGUUUAUGCCGACCAACAUGGACAGCUCUCAGAUGGUUUUCAAGUUUAAAGAGCUGCAGCAUAAACACAGCACUGCUGCAGCAGAAAUAAAUCAACUGAAGGAAAAGCUUCGGGUGUCUGAGGAGGAUAGAUCUUUGUGGGAAGCGCGGGAGUGCGCACUGGAGCAAAAGAUCGAGGAUGGCGACGACAAAAUCCUGAAGUUGGAGAGUUGCUGGCUGGAGGCCCAGGGUCUGUGUAAGACUGCGAAUGAGCAAUUAGCUGAGACCCAGGCCCAGCAGGAGACGCUGGACAAGAAGUACAACAAGGCCAAGAAGCUGCUCAAGGACUACCAGCAGAAAGAGAUCGACUUUGUGAAGAAAGAGGAGGAGCUGAAAAAACUUCUAGAUGAAAAAGACAAGUGGUAUAAGGAGCAGCUGGAGAGCUUGCAGAACAGGAUAGCUGUGCUGGAGUCCAGAGGGGCCUCAGACGAGGAGCGUCACAAUGGUCAGCACUCAGCGGCAGACGAGAGAUUAAACGGCCAAGACCCAGCCGCCAACUCGCAAUCUGUUGACUCACUACUCGAAAAGGACUGGAGUGAGUCGGUGCCUGAGACUGAGCGCUUGGACACCAGUGCGCACCGAGCAAAAGGCGUGCUGGCUCAGAAGGCCAAGCGUCAGCCUCCAUCGAGGAGCAAACUGAAGGAGAGCCUCGCAGUGGCUUCAAGUCACUCUCAGGAAACCGAAGAGGAGGAGGAGGAGGAGGAGGAGGAGAUGGAGGAGGAGGAGCAGGAAUCUCCCAGGAGGAGGAGGUCCAUCCAGGAGAGCCUGGCCCUUCCAGUGCCUGUCUGCUAUUCUGGGAAUGGACAAAAAGAAGAUCCAGGAGAGACCAGGGACGUAUCCAGGAGUAAGUCAGAGCUGUCCAGCAGCCCGUCUUUGUCUCCAUCACAGGGAGACGGUAUCGAAAGCAGCGGAAGUCCCUCUUUGUCCUCUCAAAAAGACACCUUGUCCCCACAUUCCCCCUCUGGAUUCAUGCGCAAUGUCAAGAAGAGGGAGUCUAAAGGAAAGAGCAAAGAGCUCAAAGAGGAACUAAAUGAAGCCUCAUCAGCAGGAAAACCUAAAAGACGAUUUCCAGACUUUGGAGGUCUCCGGAAGUCAGGUGGCAAAGGAAAGAAACAUGACAAGGAGGCUAUGAGAGCAUCUCUGGACAGCAGGGGAUCGGCAGAGUUACUGGAGGAGUCUGGAGGGAACCUGUCUCCUGCGGAUUCGAUGACCUCCAUCCCCACCUGUAUGCCUUUCUCCUGGUUCGGAGACAAAGAGCGGGACCGAGACAGAGAGCCCUCUUCUUCCAGCAGCAGCCUGCCGUAUGCUGCAGAGACCAGCAGUGAGCAAAGCCAGGACCGCAAGAAUAAGACAAAUCUCUCCUGGUCCUCUUUAUUCAGUCGCUCAUUAGAUUUGAAUUUUUCAGUCAUAGAUGAUUCUAACCCUGCCAGCCUCGGUUCAGACACCUCUGGGUUAGUCGCUGAACCCGAUCUGUCUGGGCGCUCACACACUUUAAUCUUCUCUUCCAGUGAGACUUUAGACGAUGAACCAGUGGCCACAGGGAAAGAGUAUCAGUGGCAGAACCGGCCUGUGUGUGAAUGGACCAAUCAACAGGUCUGUCACUGGUUGAUGGGCAUGAACAUGGACCAAUACACCCCAGAGUUCACAGCUAAGGGAGUGGAUGGACAACAGCUCUUGUACUUGGACAGUGAAAAGUUGAAGGCACUCGGUGUGUCAAGUCAAAGCGACCGUUCAACCAUCAAGAAGAAGCUGAAGGACAUGCGUAAGGCCCAGGAGAAGCUGGAGAAGCAGAGAGAGAAAAGAGAGAAGGAGGUGCGGCGCAGCGGGAAACUGCCGGUCAGCACCGACUCUGUCUGCUGAGGUAGCAGCUCUGUUCUCUGGAUAUUCAUGCAUCCCAUAAACCUCAUCACUACCGGGCCCCUGAGCACCCCGAGAACCACAGAAAUGACUGUUGUGCCAGUUGUGAUUCACGUUCAUCCAGUAGCUCCUGAUUCUUCUCUCGUCACUGAUUCUCUGGAAUGUUUUAACAAACUUCAGCUCAAACCAUUUUAAAUGAAAGAUGGGGAAUGUAAAAAAAAAAAAAAAAAACACGUUUGGUAUGUGACCAAAAAUGGAAUUGUAACAUUUUUUUUACCACUACAAGCUCGAAGCUAUGAUUUAAAAAAAAAAAAAAAAAAAAAAAAUUGUUUUCAGAAUGUAAUGUAGUAGUUGCGGAUCAUGCACACAUUUAAAUAUGGAAGUCAAAUGUGUACUGCUUCUCCAGCAUUUUCUAUAUUUGCUAGUACAACUUGUUUCAUGUACAUGAACUCUUCUGCAGGAACGGUUGUUGUACAAUUCAGAUAAAAGCACUAUAUUUGUCUUUUAAGCUUCAAUGGGCGACAAGGUUUUAAAUGUAUAAAUACGUUUUAUACAUGUGCUUAUUAACUGCAUAUCUUUUUUUCUUUUCUCUUUUUUUUUUUUUUUACUUAAAUACCAUUGUUCAUUUUAUACUGUAUACAUUUUUCUACUAAGUAGAAUAGCUAGGCCCUGGCAGCAAACAGACGGAGUAGGGACGAGGUGAACGCUGACUCGGCAGGUCUGCUACACGUACGCCUCGCUGCCGCUCCACCAGACGGUCAGCGUGCCCAUGACAAGGACCCGUGUGAGUCGUGCAUGAAUGCGAGGCUGGACAAUGAUUUGUUCUCAGCCGAAAACCCCAAGUGCUUCCUUUUCGUCUUCUCUCACGCGUGACGCCAUGUUCUGUGUGCCAAGCAAGAAAAUCAUGGUUUCCACCUCUUGUGAAUUAAAGAGGCAUUUCUUGGUACAUACAGCAUCAAUAAACUAAUUUUCACUUUA